AUGUCCGAUAAUGAAAAAAAAAUGUUGCAAAGUCUAAGAAAAGGCUUAAUGCGUAGAGGUAUUCCUACGUACGUCUCACUCGCUUUUAUCGACAUUGCAUGCAAGGAAGUGGGAGAGGAUUUGACAAAAGUCUAUUACAGUGUUCUCGUUAAGGAUCUUGUUUUAAAAACUUCUAAAAUGUUGCUGAAUCUUCCAAUAAGCAACAUACUACCCGUUGUGAAUUAUAAGCAUCAAACAGAAUUGGACAACAACAUGGACAUUUUACUGCUGAAUGCCUUCAGUCGACUGAUUGGUGCCAAAGAACGUAAAUUCAAGAAGAUGAAGUGUAAGAUUGCUGAUGCUGCACCAGUAACCACUUCAGGCGUAGUCCUGCCUUACUAUAACAUCUUUAUUCUGGGACAAAUAGGUUCAGGAAAGUCGACUUUCUUUAAUGGGAUCAAUGCCAUCCUCACGAACCGAAUGUUGACGACCAAAGCUGAAGCUGGAGAGAUGGCAUUUAGUUUGACAAAAGAGUUUCGUAUGUACGAGAUAAAAGCACCGGGGGAGGAAAAGGUAUCGUCAACGAGAAUAUGCGACACUUUUGGUCUCAAACAAAAUGCUGAUGAUGAUACAGACGUCCGAAACGUGCUAAGUGCCAUAAAUGGACACGUGCCUGAUAAGCAUUUUUUCACCGACGAUGAAUUCCAUCAAGAUAGCCCAGGCUAUAUCGCUUUGCCAACAUUGGAAAACAGAGCACAUUGUGUUGGCAUUGUCAUUGAUGCACAGAAAGUUUCUAUCAUG